GUGGGAAGGAAAGAAGCAGAUAUGGAAAAGUGUCACCGCGCUAAUGUGCUGGUUACGUCCUGUCUGAAGACGCCGGUAGACCCGCACACUAAAGUCCCGAUAGCUCUGUAUGAAAGAGAGCGAACACUGCCGUGCGCCGGCGCCGGAUUCACCGACAACCGCGACAAUGAGAAAGAGAUGGAAUAUGACUCAGGAUCUGACCUGGUGGAUCAUGACUCUCCCACCAAAGACAGCAACCGUCUGAUGGGCGAUAACAUUGACAUCAGGCAGUUGUACUUCUCCAACCAAGAGUACUAUUAUAAACUAGAGGAGCUGAAGAGAGCUCAUCUUCACAAGAUGGCUGAACUCGAACAUAUGUAUCGCAAGAAAAUGGAGCUCAACGAGGUGACCCCCGCGAAGAACUAUGCUCAAACCAACUAUUCACAACAAGGAAUGUUAGCAGGUAGUCUGAAAAAAGCUCAGUCUGCUCUGGAGCUGCGGCGAAAUUCGGACCUGUCUUACACCUAUGUUGAGGAGCACAUAGCUGACGACGGCCAAGGAGACCGAAGCAACUACAACACAGAGAAAGGGUUCCUCUUUUCCCCCAAAGAGCAAAUCAAGAACAUGUGGCAGGACUUCAGAGUAAAAAAACGUUCUCCACCCCAGCAGCACCUGUUUUCAUCCUCACUCCAGAGCCUGCCUGAUGACACCCAGGCCAACACCAAGGUCAAAGCUCCACGUAAAAAGCACAAGCAAGCCAGAGAUGACGGCUGGCAACCAAGAGUCACGGUUCCCAAACCUUUCCAGGUGACCCUUCGUGAGGUAGACCGACGAAAAAAACGCAUAAAGCCACGUUCUGAGAUCGAACAUGAAAAUGCAGACCUAAGGCGCCAGCUGGAGGAGCUCACAGAAUGUCAGCGCAAGUUCCGUGCCAGCCCAGUGCCCGCGCACGUGCGCCUUCCGCUUUACGAGGAGCUGCAUGAGCGGGACAAGGAGCGCAGGCAGCUUUAUCGAGCGACGGAAGCGCAACGUCUCCAUGCCGCUCAAAGACCUUUCAGCUUCUCGGAGCGUGAGCGGCUGAAAAAGGAGCAGAAAGAGGCCAAGUUUCGUGAGCAAAUGCUCAUACAGGAUAAGGAGGAAGAGGAGAGGAGGAAAUGCCCGUUCAAGGCCAAACCUGUUCCACGGGCGGUGAAGGAGGCCGCAUUUGGUGAUAUGCAGAAAGAAGAGGAGCUCUAUCGCGCAAUAAAGAUGCAGAUGCGGGCGAGGGACUUACUUGACAGUGCAUCCAUGCCCCCUAGCAUGCUUGCUCAGCGCAUUAGUGAGAGACAAGCACAGCAAGCCGCCCAGAAAGACAAGCAAGUUCACCGACCCAAGAUCAACACAAAUGUUCCAGACUUUGAUGCCAGUUACAGAAAAUUUCAGAAGCAGCUGGAGAACCGAAGAGACGUACGACCCUUGACUGCGUGCGAACCCUUUAAAUUGCAUACAUCGACUAUUGCCUCACACAAGGAACGCAUUAUGGCUGAUAUCGAGGUAGAGAAGCAAAGCCAGAGACCGACACGUUGGCCGUUUGUGAGCACACCUGCCUUGUACCCCAUGACUCCCACAUCAUCGCUUUGCUCUUCGGUGUCUGGAAGUCAGGAACACUUGCCUGCUAAGAUCACUGAUGCAGCCAAGAAACGGCAAGAAGCUGUGAGAAAAGUUAUAGAAAAGAGAAAGAAGGUGGAGGACGAGGAGGAAAAAUGGAGGGAGACGCAAAAACAGAGGGAGAAGAAACUACAAAAAGUGAUCUCAAAGCGGGCCCAGGCAAAUGACCCACAUGUCGCCCUGGCUCAGACAUGCCAGUCUAAACUCAAAGAGUUCAGGAAACAAGAAAUCCAGAGACGUCGUGAGUACCAGGAAGAGAUGAGAGGUAUUCAGAAACGAGUGAAAGGAAGACCUUUGCUGCUGGAGCAGGUGGCCCAGAUGAAUGCUAAGAGGGCAGCAGAAAAACUUUAUUCUGACACGUUGCAUGGAUGUGGUCUGAAUGAGUCGUUUGUCAACAGAAAAGUUCCUAAACGGUUGAAAAACGGACAGGGAACUCCGAGCCCCGCCUUUUCAGACGGCCAGGCUCCUCCCACAAUCAGAAACGAAGAAUACGAGGAAUUUGAAAGGCUGACGCAUUGUCAUCUUGACGAUUACCUUGAUGAUUAUGAGGAAUAUGACCAUGAAAUGGAGGAAGACCACAUGAACCAACAUGAAGAUUAUAAACCAAAUGAAUACCAGGACAGUGAUGAGGAAAAGGAGAGUGAUGAAGGACAAUCCUUUGAUGAUGAGUUGGAUUUUGAGAACGAUGACAAUAAGGAAGAUGACAUCAUCAGGAAGCGCAGCCAGAGCAGCAGGGGCAGUGAGAUUACAAGUCACCAUAGCAACAGAAGCAGAUCAGGAAGUAUUGGUCUGUUAGUUGAUGAACAGAAACUAGAGGAUCAGAAAAUUGAUUUUGAGAAAUUAAUGAAUGUUGUAAGUCUUAUUAGUGCCCCCUCUGGUGAGGAAUGAUAUUUUUUUCUGAAAUGUGUAAUUUGUUUAAACCAAAUAUGUUUGAUAUAUUUUAAAUUGCACAAACAGUCACUAAAUCUGUCAAAAUCCGGUCAAGGUCACAUUUUAUUCCCAAUGUCAACAGAAAAAAAUAUAUA